AUGGACCAGUAUAUCGACAUUCGUACUUCAUAUGGACAGUACCAAUGGUAUCGACUCGGAAGUCUCGUGAACAACGAAGUAGAACUUGGACUCGACAGUUUCCAAUUCCUGACCUACCUGACGGCGGGGGCCGAGUGGGACUACAAACACCUAAAGAUGCAGAAGCGACUGGAGGACCAGCAAGUGGAUGAAAUGGUCGAUCGGCUCAUCCAACAGGAGCAAUUCGAUGCGGCAUAUGCACCACAAGUGGCGGAGGACUUCAACCUGCUAUCUGGAAUGCAGGUCGACGACAAUGAUGUCGAAGAGGAGCUAGCCAACAUGAUGUCUGAAACGCAAACUUAUGGAGAAGCACCUAAUCAAAGCGACUCUAGUGAAAGCGACCCCGGGUAG